AUGUCGGACAAAAAACGCAGUCCUAACUGGCCAAUGUCGGAAAAGGUGUUGCUUGUGGAUUUAGUGGCUGAACAUUUCAGUGUAGUAGAAAAUAAGCGUACCGAUGCUGUUACUAUGAAACAGAAAACUGCAGAGUGGGUAAAAAUAUCGGAAGAAUUUAAUUCCCAAACCACUUUUGGAUAUAGGGCUGCAGAAAAAGUAAAAGCACAGUGGGAAAGUCUGAAAAAAACCACCAAAAAAGAAUCGUCUGCUGAAAGGCAAACCUUGAUUUAA